AUGCCAGCUCCGGUCUUUCCCUGACUCUCACUUUGCCAUAGAGAUGAGUCACGCCGGUUCCAGAGCGUCGCAGACAAGAACCCGGAAGUCGGCCUCGGAUACUGGAGUCCUAACCGUCUAUGGUGCGGGGGGGAGGGGGAAGGCGGAAAGAAACAAUAUAAUUCUUUUCUCCCACCACCACCACCGUUAAGAGUUGAAGAAUGGCGCAAACGGACUUCCCAAAUGUGACCCAUGAUGUAUUCAAUUUCACCCUUCAUACCACCCUGGCCCUCACUACAAAACUAGUGCUUCCUACACCUGCCAAACCAAUCCUUCCAGUGCAAACUGGCGUCCAGGCUCAACAGGAAGAACAAUCGAGUGGCAUGACUAUAUUCUUUAGUCUCCUUGUACUAGCUAUUUGCAUCAUAUUGGUGCAUUUACUGAUAAGAUACAGACUGCAUUUCUUGCCAGAGAGUGUUGCCGUUGUUUCCCUAGGCAUCUUGAUGGGUGCAGUUAUAAAAAUUAUAGAAUCUCAAAAGCUGGCCAACUGGAAGGAAGAAGAAAUGUUUCGUCCUAAUAUGUUUUUUCUUCUUUUACUUCCGCCAAUUAUAUUUGAAUCUGGGUAUUCAUUGCACAAAGGGAACUUCUUCCAGAACAUAGGCUCCAUCACCUUGUUUUCUGUUAUUGGGACAGCUAUUUCAGCUUUCAUAGUUGGUGGAGGAAUUUACUUUCUUGGUCAGGCUGAUGUAAUUUAUAAACUGAAUAUGACUGACAGUUUUGCCUUUGGUUCCUUGAUCUCUGCUGUUGAUCCAGUAGCUACUAUUGCUAUUUUUAAUGCUCUUAAUGUAGACCCUGUGCUUAACAUGUUGGUCUUUGGAGAAAGCAUUCUCAAUGAUGCAGUCUCAAUUGUCCUGACAAAUACAGCAGAAGGUUUGACGAGAGAACAUACAUCUGAUGUAAAUGGAUGGCAAACCUUUUUACAAGCACUGGCUUACUUUCUGAAGAUGUUCUUUGGUUCUGCAGCACUGGGGACACUGACUGGUCUUAUUUCUGCAUUAGUACUGAAACAUAUUGAUUUACGAAAAACUCCUUCCCUGGAGUUUGGAAUGAUGAUUAUCUUUGCAUAUCUUCCUUAUGGACUUGCAGAAGGAAUUUCUCUCUCAGGUAUCAUGGCUAUCUUGUUUUCCGGCAUUGUAAUGUCUCACUACACCCAUCAUAAUCUUUCUCCGGUAACACAGAUCCUAAUGCAGCAGACUCUGAGAACUGUUGCAUUCAUGUGUGAAACAUGUGUUUUUGCAUUUCUGGGCUUGUCAAUUUUUAGCUUUCCUCACAAGUUUGAAAUGUCCUUUGUCAUCUGGUGCAUAGUGCUUGUCCUUUUUGGUAGAGCAGUCAAUAUUUUCCCCCUCUCUUAUUUGCUCAAUUUCUUCCGUGAUCACAAGAUCACUCCGAAAAUGAUGUUCAUCAUGUGGUUUAGUGGCUUACGUGGGGCAAUUCCUUAUGCCUUGAGCCUCCACUUGGGCCUGGAACCAAUUGAGAAGCGGCAGUUGAUUGGCACUACCACAAUCAUCAUUGUGUUGUUCACAAUCUUAUUGCUGGGUGGAGGAACAAUGCCUUUAAUCAGGCUGAUUGACAUUGAAGACUCUAAAGCCCGGCGGAAGAACAAGAAGGAUAUCAAUCUCAGCAAAACAGAGAAAAUGGGAAACACCAUUGAAUCUGAACACUUAUCUGAACUGACAGAGGAAGAAUACGAAGCUCAUUAUUUAAAGCGGCAGGAUCUCAAAGGCUUUAUGUGGCUUGAUGUCAAAUAUUUGAAUCCUUUCUUUACCAGACGGCUCACCCAAGAGGACCUACAUCAUGGGCGCAUACAGAUGAAAAGCCUCACCAACAAAUGGUACGAGGAAGUACGACAAGGACCUUCUGGAUCAGAAGAUGAUGAGCAGGAGUUGCUGUAGCAGGCUGUUGGGUGUGGGUGCUUCUGCUGACAUCUCCAACUUUAAUUUUAAGGCAGACACUCACACGCAUACCAUGUACAACUUGGUAAGGUUGUUGUCAAGUGACUCUUUGUCCAGUAUAAAGUUGUGCCAUGUGCUGGAAUGCAAGAUCAUCUCUAAUGCCAUGUGUUUUUUUUAACUCUUUUGAAACUAUGGCCACUUUUCAGGCAGCAGUUAUCCCAAGUACACAGGGAUAAUUAAUGGAUAAUAAGAUAAUUAGAAACAUGGGUGGCACUGUCUGUGAUUUUCUGCUGUAAAUGUACGUUAAAGAAAAAUCUGUAGAAGAGCUUUAAAAAGAAGUUUAGUGCACUUUACUCUACUUUUGCCAAUAUACUGGCCCUGUACUGGAAGGACAAUGCUGUGAAUUUGUAUUGACAGUGAACAAAUAAGUGAAUAUUUAAGGCCUAUCUUUACAUUGCUCUUUAAAUAUUUAAUGAACUCAGGGUACAGAGUGACAGAAGACAGAAGCGGCUAAUGAAAGGCCCUUGGCCUUUGGGAUUUCUAAAAAUGAUUCUUCCAAUUUGUUAUUUCUAAGUUUGAAAUAACUUGACGCACAGUUCCAUACCAUAACUUCAGAUCAUUUGGUUCCAGAAUAAAGCUUUAUUUGAAAUCUAUCAAGCUUAAUUUUCAACCCUUCUCAUUGCUUUCCUUUGAGAACAGCUCCACAGCACAACUCAGGAAGGGUGUCUUGAAGCCAGAGCAUAGAAGAGGCAAAUAAGCAAGGGAAAGUCCAAAGACUGGAAACAAUUCAGCUGCUUUUUUUAUUAUUCCCAGAUUGGCCUUUACAUACUGUCUAAUUUAUUUUUAGAUGCUUGCAGAGCCAUAUGUGCUCAUGCAAAACAUCAAAUCAUACAAUGACUGUACCUUUUUAAAAAGCUGGGUGGGGAACAUUUCUGGAACUUUGCCAUGAAUAUAAAACAUUGGUCAAUGGGAUAUUAUCACACUAAAAGUGAGGGGGAAAUGAUGCAUUUUUUCCAUCUGAGGAAAAUUGAGAUAUUUUUUGCAAACCACAGAAACUCCCAUUUAUAUUCCAAACUGGUACAGCCUCAGAAAGCUUAUUCCACAUGAUUUUUCCUCAUACACAAAACUGUCUCGAGAUUCACUGCAGAUAGAAAGGAAUACAGAGUUGAGACAGACCUCUAGCCUCAGUUGGUUGUGGUUGGAGUGGCCUGUCAGCCCUAUAAAACAAAUAUAACUAAAUAUUCCUCGUGUAACUAAUUGUAGCCUUUUUUAUUCUGCCAUGCUGUCAUGACAGAUUGAUAAAGCUUGCACAAAUGUUCUUUUACAAACAUGUUCUCAGUAACAUUGUGUAAUGUUGAGAGCAGGAAUGCUGCAGUAGGUGCACUUCAGAUGAAUUUUAAGAUCUAUCUUUAAGCAACCCUUCACUGCUGACAAGAAGAGAUCAUAAGAAAAUUAUUUAAUUCAAAAGAUGUGAAGAGAGGAAGUAAAACCGAGUCAUUCUAUAGGUCUCAAAGGACAACUUGUCUUACUGCCAGAUUCUGCUGGGGAUACAUGCCAGGACUGUUCUGAAGCUAAGUGAAUGAGGAUGCCUUUUCUCCUUUUUUUCCCCUCUACAGAGUGGGGACAUAUUGUUAUUUCACAUUGUGAAACAUUAGGCGAGUUUGGCAUUAAAUCAAUGUAUUAAAUAACAUUAAGGCAAGUUGGGCAUUAAGUUAUAUACUUAGUUAUUAUUUCAGUUUAUAUGAUUCCCCAUAUAAAUUCAUGACUCUGGGCAUAUAGGAAUUAAAAACUAUAGAACAACAUAAAAUUGUAUAAAAAACUGCAUAAAUAAAAUCAGUAGCUGAGGUAAAAACAGCAAAAUUACAGUCAGUAAUUAAUACAACCAGUGCUUUGCUUUGCAUUGAAAUCCCCAAGCUUGAUCACACUAUUACUAUCACUAUUUAGAGUGAAAUUAGCCUUGAAGGUUGCAGAUGGCACAGGAAUUGAUGCUUUAUCAUCCAACUGUGGAAGAAUGCUUGCUCAAUUACCAGUGUGCAAGCAUAGUUCACCCAUCUCUUUGAGGUGUAUACUGUAUUUUGGACAACUAUCUUAAAUGACAAGGUCAAAUUAUUCAACAUCAUGUAAAUAGACCUCUGAAUGUCAUUAAAAAUUACUGGAAUAUAAAUAUAGUAGAAAUGCAGUUUAGCUUACCCAACUAUUUAGACAUAUGUAGACUUCUAAGGAAGCAUUAACACAGAGGAAUCUGCAUUCUAUUAAAGAAGUUUAUUUAGAACUCCUAACCAGUCUCCUAGCAAAAAUAUUGGAUUAAAGCUUUCAUAAUCCCCAAUCAACAUAGCCAAUACAAUAGUAGAAUAUAAGGGUUAGAAGGGACUCGAAAAGCAUUUGGUCCGCCCACCUGACCACUACUAAGCACUCUAAGCAGAUGGCCAUCUACCUUCUAUUUAAACACUUCCAUUGUCUUUCGAGGCAAGUGAUUCUUUUAUUGAACAAUUGUUAAUGUUAGAAAAACUUUCUGAUUUCCAAUUGAAAUCUGUUUCCUUAUAAUUUAAAUCCAUGGUUUCUUGUUAUAUAUUCUUGAACAAUAUUGAUCAUAAUGUACAUGGCAGAGAUUCAGAUAUCUGAAGACAUCUGACGUUCUUCCACAAUAUACUCAACAAUUCCAAUAACUCCUCAGAACUUUUUCUUUCCAAGUCUCUUACCCCCUUGGUUAUUUUCCUGUGGACACAUUCAAAUUUGUUAAUGUUCAUUUUGAACUGCGGAGCUGGAAUUGGGCAUAAUAUUCUAGGUAUGGACUAGAGGGCAGCAGGUUGGAAAUUUAUGUUGAUUACAAUGUCAGAUAUUCCUAAACUACUCAGUUCAUGAGUUCUAGGAUAACCAUUGUUAUAAAAUAGGUUUGUGAGCACCUUCAUGAUUAAGAUAAAGAUAGUGUAAUAUCCUGGCCAAGCUUUCCCUAAGCAUGUUUUCAUAUGUGUAUGGCUACAACUUUCAAAGUUCUCCCACAAGUAUUGAUUCUGGGAAGUUGUCAUUCCAAUGUAUCUGGGCUACUCCAGUUUGGUAAAGGCGAUUUCUAACUAUAGAUUAUAAAAUAAAUUGUUCUGUAUCUAAUGGAGAAAAGUACAUCUUAUAAAACCUCAGGGCACAUAUGAGGCUUUGUUGAGUUAGCACUCAAUUAGUGGAUAGUGCCAAAGUCUGUUCUUUGAAAAGUCAAGUAUUUUAAGGAAUAAAAUCAUGAUGAAAGCUUCUUCCAGGCUUAAGGUAGUCAUUUUACUCCUGAAUCUACCCAACCCACUCAGUUGGAGAAAUGAAAACAGACACCAUCCACGUGUCUGGGGAGGGGAGGCGAGGCUUGAGUUAAGGAGAGCUCCUGGAGCCACCAGAAAAGGGGUGCUGCCAGGUGACAUUAGACCCUGGCUACACUUUCUCUUCUCAUAUCUCUUACAUUUCAAUAGCCAGUUUGCAGGAUCAAUUAAGGCCAUUUUCAGGCUUGGGAUCUUUAGUUGCUGAUCUCUAUAGUACAGCAUCUAUAGAAGAUGCUAUUUUAGUCUUUCAUUAAGUUCAGCUAAUAGCUGUUCAUUUAAUUUGUACAUUAUCGCCUGUACAUUUAUUUCAAUUUUCUGAACCUAUCCUAUUGUAGAGAUAGGAAUAGUCUGUAACAUCAACAUUAUGUAGGCAUACAUAAUUUUAUUACCAGUGCACACAAUGGAUUGAAAUUACUGCAAGGAGUAAUAAUACACUCUUCCCAUUCAGCAUUUUUCCUAUGCAAGUAUAUUAUUCUGCAGAGGUACAUAUUUCAUAGAAAUUACAAUGUUAAACUAUAAGGUUUAUUAAAGCAAGAGGGUAUCACAUCAAUAUUUUUAUGGUAGCUUAUGUCAGACCGACCCCGCUCUUGAUGUUUAUAGGCACCAAUGUUCCUGGAGACAUUUUCCUGGUGCCCUCCAGGCUCUCUGCUUACCUGACUUUUUAAUUAUUUUUAAAAAUCAUUUUUAUAAAAAAAAAAACCAUUGUAAAAUAGCUUCCUGCACUAUUUCUUUACAAAAUCAAAAUGGUAAAACUGUAACAGGCUUUCGGAAGACCAUUUAAUGGUCACAGGUCUCAUGCAUUCAGAUUUUAAGGUUGCCGUAGAUUGAUUCUGGGCAGUUUACAAAGUGUCGAAGUGAAUAAUACAAUUAAUAAAAGAAUAAUUUUAAAAAUGGCCAUACUGAUGGACAAUGGGAGAGGGGGGGGCAUGGAAAAGAGCCAUAAACUAUUCAAUCUCAAGGGGUGGAAUUUUGCAACUUCCUGGGCUACAUCUAUGGGAGGUAUCAGGUCUUUAAGGCUCUCUUAAGGCAGGGGUUCCCAACCCCUGGUCCAUGGACUGGCACUAGGCCAUGGCAUCCUACAUGUCUGUGCAAACAAGUGAAACCACAUCUGCAGGAUGCAGGCAGCAUACAAAAUCAUGCCUCUGGUCUGUAGAAAAACCUGUCCCCAUGGAACCAGCCCCUAGUACCCAAAAGGUUGGGGGCUGCUGCCUUAAGGCACGGCAGGGUUGGAUGGGACCAUAUGGAUUGGUGUGCGAGGCGCACAUUCUGUUCCAGAUAAUGUUUAUUAGAGGGGACCCAAUGCGUGUCAGCUUUAUUGGGCUAUAUGAGACGGACAGAACAAGAAGAGAAUAAGAAGAGAAGAGAAUUCUUUAUUAGCCAAGUGUGAUUGGACACACAAA